AUGCAAUCCAUCCUCUGCUACUGCCUUGCAGUCCUCUGCGGCCUUCUGUGCCUCGGCCAUUGCGACGAGCUUGACGACGCCGGCUACAGCGUCUCCCACAGCGGCAACAAGUGGACAGUCUCGUCUGGCGGCUACAUUGUCAACGAGUUCCGCAUCGACGGCAACCGCAUCAAAGUCGACUUUGUCGCCAACGGCUUUGACGAGGGCGGCGUCUCCCUGCGCGACAUCAUCGUCCGUGUCUGGGGCCGCGCAGAAAAGCGGCUGUCUGACCUCGACUCUGUCCAGUUCGUCGACGUCAUGGAGUACAGGGCGAUGAACUCGAUCGCGCAGGCCAGGAAUAUGCGCGGCGUCGGUCCCAAGACGAGCUUCCAGAUCGACAUGGGCGACAUCGGUUGGGGAGAGAUUACCGACAACCCGUUCUACUGGCAUAUUCACAAGAUGUGCUGGGAGUGGACGAGCAUGGAGGGCAAGGACGUCACGGGGGCGUAUGUUUCGAGUCUGGAGGACUCGGAGGGAAUCCAGCCAGAUGACUUGAUUUUCUACAUUGCGGAGUAUGAUCAGCCUUCGCCGAGAAAUUAA